GUAGAGAACGACUUUCUAUUUUGGGUUUCUUUUGGCCAGUGGCAGUGGGAUCCGACAGCGUGCAGCAAGUGCUGUUCAUUUUUUUGGGGGGCCUGCAGGCCUGUGGGGAGGUGACAGACAUCAGAGAACAUGGUCCAUACAAGCACAGCAACAUCUGAGAGCAGAGAGAAGAUUCAAAGGAAAUCUUAUACUAUCAAGAUGAAGCUUGAUGCCCUGCAUGAUUAUGAACCUGGUGUGAAGGGGAAGGGGUUGGAUUGUGUUGCGAAGAAACAUAAUGUGAGCAAAUCCACUCUUCAGCAGUGGGUGUCACAUGCAGAAGAGCUGAAGCGGACACUAUCAGACAGAACCACAACRMGCCACACACAACGACGGCUGGCUGGGGGAGGUAGGAAAGCAGUAUACCAAUCGUUGGAAGAUGAAGUGGAGGCAUGGAUUGAGGAGAAAAAUAAGAAAGGGCUGCGUGUCAGGGAGCAGUAUAUUCGAGCGAAGGCACAAACACUUUUCAAGCAACUGAAGGAAAGCGGGGAGGUGGAGCAGAAUGUUGAGUUCGGUGUAUCCUCAGGGUGGAUGGCGAGGUUUAAGAGACGCAAAAAUUUGGUGUCUCGCAGGCAAACAACAACAAGGUGUUUGCCUGAUGAUGCAGCAGAUAUAUGUCGAGCAUUCAUUGMGGAAGUUCAUGAURUUGUCGACAAGUACAAGAUUGCACCUGAAAAUAUUAUGAAUAUGGACCRAGUGYCGCGGUAUUUUGAAACCGAGCCAUCAAGCACACUCACAAAACGCGGGAGCCGCCAAGUGCUUUUGCGGAAGGGGGGUACAUCACACAAGAGGUUCACUGCAACGUUCACAAUUUCCCUUGCAGGCGAAAUUUUGAARCCACAUAUCUUAUUUUCAAAGCUGAAAAACAAGCYGACAGUACGCRCUUCAGUAAAUAUUGACGUUAACAACACRGGCAUGUGGAGCGAGGAGAUACUUGCGACAUACCUCAAGGAGACAAUUGAGUGCAGGCGUCAGACAGCAUUCGAGCGACAACAUGUGCUGCUUYUWAUUGACAGUUAUGGUCCACACCUUAAACUGCGUGACAAUCCCAGAUUGCAGAGGCAGAAUGUGCAUGUAAUGAUCAUCCCACCAAACCUGACCAGCCUGCUCCMACCGCUCGAUGUUGCGAUUAACAGGUCAUUCCAACAACACUACAGUCGUAACUAUGAAGCCUACAUUGCGGCUGCACUUGAGGACACAAGUCUGCAGACCACGGCAGGCAACCCAAGAUGUCCUUCAUAUCAAGUGGUGGCGGACUGGGUCUGCGAUUGGGUGAAAUCGAAAACAACAGAGGAAGUUGUAAAUGCAUUCCAAUUGUGCGGCCUGGUGCAGAAGGCAGUUUUCAAAGUGGACAAGCUACAUGCACCAUUGAAGGCCCUCUUCAACUCCCUUUUGGACACGCAUGAGUGGAAUGCUCUGUACGGGGAAGAGUUCAUUGACGCUGUGGAACCUGUGAAUCUCAAACUUUUGCAACCCCCAGAGUACUUCAUUCCUUUUGAUCCCAAAGACGGAGAGCCUUGCAGUUUCUGGCAGUGUCUUCACCGCGCCAUUCAUGGUUCUCGCGGUGUCAUUACAUGCAAUGAGUUUAGACAUACUGUCAUAGCUGAGAUGACGGGGAUGGUUGACCUCGCAGACAUCGCAGAUGGUGAGUAUUUCUCACAAUUGCAGAGUGGUGGCAGAGCUGAUGAGGACAGGGUGGGCUAUGCCGUCAGUCAGUUGGAGAGGUGCACAAUCCGCGUGCAGGAUGCUGCUGAUUCUUCAUUCCGGAUCAUUCAACACGCAACCCAGCAUCUGAGAUAAACCUCGUGUGUGUGAAUGAAUUCUGUGUUUUAAA